UAAGAUUAAGAAAAUUAAAAAAGAAGCCAAAAUUAAUCUUUAUUCCUAGAUUUCUUAAAUCUAAAUUCUGAAUACAAGAUUUUAAAACAGAAAUGGAGAGGUUAAAAGAGAAUCGUAAUUUCAAUAAAUAUAUAAGAAUAUUACACUUUAUUGGCUUCUCUGCCUGGAGUUUUGACCAGUUGCCUGCCGGAUACAGCUGAACCAGUGACAGAAUUUAUCUAAUUUUAGCUUCCUCGCUGAACUUCCUUCUGUCGAUUCAAAAGAAUUGAGUGUUUGCCACAAACUGAAAUUUUCGAAUCUCUAUAACUUCCAAACCUGAUGUUGUUUAGUACAAAAUAUUGGAAUUAUAAAAUCAGAGUUUUUGACAAAGACUUAAUUCUUUGAACCACCGAUUCAAAAUUAAAAACCGGUAGUGGGCAGAUCAAAGACCCCGUAAAUUCUUUAAAUUCUGUUCUAGGAUUCUAGAAAGGAUGAGAGAAAAGAAGAAUGCCCUCCUCAUGGAGUAGUUUAAAAAGUAUAAAUACAAGUGAUAAUAGUAUUCAGAGCUGUCGUAGGAGCAGCAGAAUUACUUAUGGCAGGAAUUUUAACAGCUUAAGCACUGAUACCAACAGCAGUAACAGCAGUUUUAGCAGUGGUCAAAACUCACGCAGUAGUUGUAUCAAUGAAAGUAAAAGCUCUGACAGAAAUAAUGCUAGUAAUCGUUUAAUAAGCAGUGAUGGUAGCACUGAAAACACUGUUGGCAAAAACAAUAAAACCGAUGAAGGCUAUAAUAGCAGCAGAAGUUGUGCUCGAAAAGGCAGUUGUUCCAGUAAAAACAACAGUGUAAGCAGUGAAUAUUACAACAGCAACAGUCUCCCAGCACCUAAAUCCACAAGCAGACCAUCUAUUUGGAGCUUACGGGCCGGACGUAGAGAGACUGCUCAGGAACUGAGUAUUGAAGAGAAGGAGAAACUUCAAGUUGUUGUUAAAGUUCUUGAUUUAGCAGCAGAGGAAAAACGCCGAAAAAGUUUUCAGGCCCAGUGUAAAAUAUCAGUUUAUUUUCCGGACAAGGAUGUGAAAGCUAGAAAGGAUUUUGAGAAACGGAAAGUUUCCUGUUACUUUCCAGAGAUAGAACAACAGCAGAUCAGGAGAUCCUUCAGAAGAAACUCUCUUUUGCAUUGCUACUUUCCAGAAAUAUCAAAUACAGGCGUCAGGAGAAAAGCUAGAAGUCGGGAUAGUUCUGUGAAAUUGAUAUCAUCGACGGAAUGAGGGAGAGCUGGGUUGUGAAGAACUAUCGGAAGGUUUUUGAACCAAUCGUUAGAAGUGGACAACUCAAGGAACAAGAGCAAAGAGUUCAUCCCUGGCUCAAUGAUAAAAGAGAUCCAGAGUUCUGGAGUUGGCCUGAUAUAUUCGCAUUCGUCCUGUCCUGUUACUUCGUCCUCGUCUCAUUAUCCUUCAUCAUUCUCCUCAUCUUCAAGCUCAACUUCAAGACCAGAAGAAUGCCGUCACUUCAGAGCACUAAACCUAACUCUAGAGGAAAUACAUCAAAAACAACAGUCCAUCAGUUAACUAAUAGAGUUUAUCAGUCCUCUUUCGCUACUGAUCAGCCCCCUGAAGUGCUUAAUCAGCUUUCAUCUAAAAUUCAUCAGCCUGUCUUAGGAAUGCAUCAGAUAUCAGCCGGAAUUUGCAAAUCUACAGCCGAAAUCCGGUCCUCUUUCACCGGAUCUUCCGCAUACAGUUUUAUCCCUUUAGAACCCGGAUCGGAAACUAAAUGGAACCAAUCCGAGGAUGAAUUCUUUGAACAUGAUGAACUAGACUACUUGGUGUCGACAAAGUUAAAAUGUAUCUGAUACAAUUUUGCUUCUUUAAUUGGACCUUUUAGAUACCUUUUAGUUCUUUUUUUGUAUUAUCAGUGAGGAUGAUAACGUUCAUCCCGUUUUUAAAGAAAUGAGUCCGAAUUUAAUUAAUUUGAGCCGCGUCUCAAAUCCGCCAA